AUGAGGAGGAGGCGCGGAAGCUGUGUCCUUGGACUUUAUGAAGCAGAUAUCAAGCAGGCGCAGAAAAAACGCAUAGCAAAUGCUCCCCAGCCGCUACCACAACAGCGAGCGAGGUCCUUGACUCUUCCUCUUCCUGCCUUGCCUGACAAAGAAAAGCCAAGUCAAUCAUGGAAUCUAUUGACGAAGAUCAAAUUUAACAAACUGAAGGGCGUCCUCUUCACACCCGCCCCUCAGCAAACAUCUGAUCAAUUCCAGUCAUCACUUCUUUCACGGCUGCCCCUUGAAAUCCGUCAACUCAUCUGGGCUGGGGUCUUAGGCGGAAACUUGCUUCACAUUUGUCGCGCACGCAAGAAACUUCUGGCCGUUAGCUGUGCCGAAAACCCUGAGAUACUCGAGCUGGAAACCGCCCAACAUAACUGUUGGGUGUCUCUCUCGUGCGACUCGCAGGGGCAUCCAAAGCUGUGUGAUGCAAGCGGGGCCUACCGUUCAUGUCAAUCUCAACAUCUCGCAAAGGCGGCAAACCUCCUCCCUCUACUCCAAACGUGUCGGCGUAUCUACACGGAGGCGAUAUCUAUACUCUAUGCGGGCAAUAUCUUCGAUAUCAACCACGUUGAUAUAGUCCUAUACCUCUAG